GCCAAAACUUGAUCGGGCAGAGUGAUCUGAUCUCCCACGGACCAGGGGAGCCAAGAGCUCUCAUUGGUCCUUCUCCUUUCAUGUCGACGGCCGCGUCCACCACCAGCGGCGGCACGCCGCUGCGGUCGGCGUCAGCCAUCGUCGCCGUGACCGAGAGCGGCCAGCACCUGCUGAGGAUCGACGGCUACUCCCACACCACGGGUAUCCCCACCGGCAGCGACAUCAAGUCCUCACCUUUCCGCGUCGGAGGCCACAGCUGGCGCAUCAGCUACUACCCUGGCGCCCAAACCUCGUCGUGGCCCUACUACAACUGCAUCUCCCUCUCCCUCCGGCUCGACGACGACGCUGCCAAGCCCCAGGGCGUCGUCAGAGCCCGGCACUCGUUCAGCUUGCUCGAUCGCGAGGGAAAGCCGGGGCCCUACUUCACCAACAACGGGAACAAAACCCUCGCCAAUUGGGGCACCCCGGCCUUCAUCCACAGGAGCGAGCUCGAGACAUCCGAGCACCUCCAUGGCGACAGCUUCACGAUAAGGUGCGACGUCACGGUCGUGAAGGAUAUCCAGACGAAGAGCGUCGGCGCAGCACCGGCGGUGCCGCCGCCGCCGGACCUGAACCGUGACCUGGGCGGCCUCCUCGCCACCGGGGAGGCCGCGGACGUGGCGUUCGAGGUGGACGGCAAGGCUUUCAUGGCGCACCGCUGCGUGCUCAUGGCCCGAUCCCCGGUGUUCCGCGCCGAGCUAUCCGGCCUGCAGGCGGCGGCCGAGGGGAGCACGGCCGGCGGCGGCUCUGUCAUCACCGUGCGGAUCGAGGACAUGGAAGCACAGGAUUUCGAGGCUUUGCUCCGCUACGUGUACACCGACUCGUUGCCGGAGGAGAUGGAAGAACAAGGGGAAGCGGCGGCGAUGCUCCCGGACCUGGUUGCGGCGGCGAACAGGUACGAGAUGGAGAGGCUAAGGCUGCUCUGUGAAGACAAGCUGCGCGAGCUCGUGGACGUGAGGACCGUGGCGCUCAUGCUCGUGUUCGCCGGGGAGCACCAUUGCCAUGGGCUUAAGGAGGCGUGCUUGCGAUUCCUCGAUGAUCCGGCAAAUCUAAGAGAGGUCGUGAAGGUGAACGGUCUCGAGCAUCUGAGCAAGAGCUGCCCCUCCGUUGUGGAGGACCUGAUCGCCAAGCUUGCUGCAGCACCGUAGACGUGUUCCAACUGGUUCCUGGCAGGGUACAUUCUUGAUUCUUCAGUGGCUGGAACUAUGGAUGAAGACGCUAUAUGUAUAUGGUGAAGCAAAUGUUAAAAAGAAAUGAUCGAAUGGGUGGUACGUAAGAUAAUAAAGCACUAAAGGAUAUACCAACUUGUAAUAAAGUCAAAGAGUUAAAUACGCCAUGAGUACAUAAAAUUGGUGAGUGAGUGCGUUUGGAUA